AUAGCAAACAAUUGAGUGAGAAUUCAGUAUCAGUAACGUUGUCCGAAACAUCAGUGAUUCAAAUCAAAUUCAAAUUCAAUUCAAUUAAACAAUUUCUAAAAACCUCACAAUGACGGCCACUACACAAGAUUCUAGUUCACCCUUAACAAAAACUCUUGAUAUAUUAAAUACAAUAACAACAUUGGCUAUUGGUGCGCUUGCUAUGGGCGGUAUUACUGGCGGAAUAGUAUUUAAAACAUUUACACAAUUUUCUGCUCACAUCUUCCUUGUCACAUUUGGGUUUGUUCUUAUUAUCAGCCAAGGUGUUAUGUCUGCAAAUCCAACAGGUGGUUGGGCUCGAACAUUUAGUUACAAACACAAACGAAACAUACAUAUAGCAAUGCAAAUAAUUGGAUCCAUUUUAGCUAUAGCUGGUGCUGGUGUUGGAAUGUCACUACGAAGCAAUAAUAACCUGAGCAGAAGUGCUCAUGGCAUUAUGGGUAUAACUACAUUUGUCAUCGUAAUCAUCACUUUAUUGGGAGGAUGUGUACAUGUGUUUUUUAAUAGUUUUCUACCAUCUAAUUUAACAAAAGCAGGACAUAGAAUCUUUGGGUGUUUAAGUGUGUUAUUCGUUUUCGUAACUUUCACUUUGGGAUUGGAGAAAUUAUAUUCCGGUACAGAUAUUUUCAUUGCAUAUGUGAUUCUAGCAGUGAUUUCAAUUUGUGGAAUUGUGGCGGCCCCCGUUACAAAUGUAUUUAGAAGAGGGUGAAACAGUACAUUUAAGUGAGAGAACUGUUAAAAGGGCAGAAGACCAGGUUUUGGCAAUUGUCCCUUUUUGGCCCUUUUGAACUUUUGAAACUAACACCUAGACAAUUAUA